AUGAAGCACCGUACACUGUUUCAAUGUUUACUGUUUCUCAUCGUGCAAAGCUAUGUAGCAUCAGAAGGCUCCCAACUACCACAACUUGUUAAUGCUGAUGGGUCUUUGUCCAAUCCGACCGCCCAAAGUAUGGCUUCGAACUUUGCUCAAGGCGCUUCAAACGCAUUUGAUCAGGCUGGCCAAUCGUUGUCACAAGUCCCACAAAGCAUCGCUAAUGGGGCUAACAGUGCUUAUCAGCAGGGACAACAGUAUGUCCAACAAGGUGGGUUUAAAACAACAUUUUUUCUUUUAACUUUGGCCUAGCUCUAACAUAGAGCUCUAGCGCAGAGCCCUAGCCCACAGCCUUAGCCCAGAACUCUAGCCCAGAGUUCUAGCCCAGAGCUCGGGCCCAGAGCCUUAGCUUAGAGUUCUAACACACACAUACCCUAGCUCUGGCCUUAGCUUUAGCGUUAGCCUUAUCAUAACUCUGUAUUAAAACUAUCUUAGCCCUAUCCUAGUUUUACACCAGCACUGCCUUUGUCCCAGUCCUAGGCCUAACUUGUCCCUAACCUAGCCUUGCUAUAGUUCAAUCUUAGCCCCACCUUAUCUUUAAUCUACCGUAGUUCCACUCAACUCUUAACCCUAGCCCUGCUCUUAGCCCUACAUUACUAUAAAUGUACUGUAAAUCUUCUUACAGUACUGUGUUAUACCAAAAUUUGAAAAUUUCAAAUAAGCAUAGGAUUGAAAGUUCAAAAGACAAAAUUUACUGAUUUUGCAAGCCUUCCUAGACUAUUUUUCAAAAUUUUUGUUUAUUUUCGAUUGAAAAACGUGAGAUAAUAAUGAAAAAAUAAAGUUGCACUUUACAGAAAUACAGAAUACUUGAUAGUAUCGAAGUUCUGCAAUAUAAAAUGGCAAUGAAAUAGGAUUAAAACUCAUUUGAAGGCUGGAGUUUAGCUUAUUUUUGUAAAUUUGAACUUAUCAAAAGAAAAUAGCUUUAGCUACUGGAAGGUUUAUUGAGGUACUGGGUAUCAAAAAAACGGUAUAAAAUGGUCCAAUCUAGUACUAAUUAAAAAAAAUUUUUUUAAAUUUAAAUUUUCAAAAAAAAUUUAAGUCGAGUGUAAAGCUCUAAUUUCAGGAGUAGACGGCAUGAAAAACGCAGCAAAUCAAUUUGGCAACAAGCUGGAGCAAUUUGGGAAUGACCUGGCCGAAGGCCCCAGGCAGUUUUUGAAUAAUGUUGGCCAAAUGAGUAAUCAAAUACAAACUGGAUUUGAUAAUGCUUUGAAGAGUGGCGUAGAAAAGCUCAAAGAGCUCCAGACAACAAUAGGCGAGAAGUUCAGACCUAUGACUGACAAAGCUUUGGAGAUAUUCGGCAGACCUGGCAGUGAGAAGGAGCACUGGAAUGAGGUGAGUGUUGGGUAGGGUAAGCAGGUUGUUGGAAAGAUAGGUGGGUAUGGCAAGGCUAGGAAGAGCAUAGAGCUAAGGUUAGGCCUCUAGAUUGGGGCUAGGGCUAAAGCUAAAGCUAUGUAAAGUUAAGGCUAAAGCUAAGGCUAAGACUAAGGCUAAGGUUAAGGCUAAGGUUAAGGCUAAGGUUAUGGCUAAGGCUAAGGCUAAGGUUUAGGCUAAGGCUUAUUCAAAAUACAUGUUUCAGUUAGUGACUCAAGUAGAAGGCUCAAACUUGACUCCGCAAGAGAAACAGGAGAUCUAUCAGAAGAUUGCGAACGCCACAGCUCCACAAGUGAAUCAAAUGCCUCAACAACCGGUAAAUAGCCAGCAAAAACGAUAG